AUGUCGGCUCCACCACCUUCACCCGCCUCUUUAAAUUCUGGUAAAGAUAUCAACUACAAUGUGCUCCAUUCAAUCUUCUAUGAAUGUGGUCAGAAGAUUUCAGAAAACCAAUACGAAAUGCAACAGUUAAAGGAGCAGCUCGGACAGGACUAUAUCGUGUGCAUGAUCGACCACGUUAAUCCCCAACACAAGUUGGAUGACCAUGAUCAGAAGUUUAAAGUCGUUGGUGUUGCCAUAGGUGGCAUGAUGGUGGGGAUUCUCUUGUUGCUGGUGGUUGUGCUCCAUUUCGUUCCUAAGCUUGGGUGA